AUGUAUAAAAUAGAAAAAAUUAAUAUCAUGGAAUAAGUUGCCAAUGGGUUAAAUGCUUUACAUUAAAAUAAUAUUGUUCAUAGAGAUAUUAAGCCUGAAAACGUAUUAUUAAAUUAAAAGGAUGGAAUUUAUAUAGCAAAAAUAGCUGAUUUUGGUAUUUCUUAGGUAUAAAGUUAACAAUUUAAUAGUUCUUUUGUUGGAACAAUCUAUUAUAUAAGUCCAGAAUUAUUAAAAGGAGAAUAAGGAGGUAAAAGUAGUGAUAUUUGGUCUUUCGGAUGCCUAUUUUAUGAAAUUCUUUACGAAAAGAUUUUAUUUAACGCUAAAUCAAUUUAAGAAAUAUAAUAAAAUAUUGCUAAAUUCAAUCAAUAUGAUAUUCAUAGCGCCUAAUAUUAUAAAGAAAACGAAAUUAUUAGUAAAUGUAUAGUUGCUGAUUAAAAAAAUAGAGUUUCAGCAGAUGAAUUAGUUGAUUUAUUUAAAGAAAAAAAAUACUUAAUAAAAGCUAAAAAAAUUAUUUAGAUAUUUUUUUUUUGA